AGUCCAGGGUCAGUCCAUGUAUAGUCUUUAGGUAGUGGCUUAGUCCCUGGAAGCUCUGGUUGCUUGGCAUUGUUGUUCAUAUGGGGUCUCGAGCCCCUUCAAGCUCUCCCAGUUCUUUCUCUGAUUCCUUCAACGGGGGUCCUGUUCUCAGUUCAGUGGUUUGCUGCUGGCAUUCGCCUCUGUAUUUGCUAUAUUCUGGCUGUGUCUCUCAGGAGCGAUCUACAUCCGGCUCCUGUCGGUCUGUACUUCUUUGCUUCAUCCAUCUUGUCUAAUUGGAUGGCUGUAUAUGUAUGGGCCACAUGUGGGGCAGGCUCUGAAUGGGUGUUCCUUCUGUGUCUGUUUUAAUCUUUGCCUCUCUAUUCCCUGCCAUGGGUAUUCUUGUUCCUCUUUUAAAGAAGGAGUGAAGCAUUCACAUUUUGAUCAUCUGUCUUGAGUUUCAUUUGUUCUAGGCAACUAGGGUAAUUCAAGCAUUUGGGCUAAUAGCCACUUAUCAAUGAGUGCAUACCAUGUGUGUUUCUCUGUGAUUGGGUUACCUCACUCAGGAUGAUAUUUUCCAGAUCCCUCCAUUUGCCUAUGAAUUUCAUAAAGUCAUUGUUUUUGAUAGCUGAGUAAUAUUCCAUUGUGUAGAUGUACCAUAUUUUCUGUAUCCAUUCCUCUGUUGAAGGGCAUCUGGGUUCUUUCCAGCUUCUGGCUAUUAUAUAUAAGGCUGCUAUGAACAAAGUGGAGCACGUGUCUUUUUUAUAUGUUGGGGCAUCUUUUGGGUAUAUGUCCAAGAGAGGUAGAGCUGGGUCCUCAGGUAGUUCAAUGUCCAAUUUUCUGAGGAACCUCCAGACUGAUUUCCAGGUUGGUUGUACCAGUUUGCAAUCCCACCAACAAUGGAGGAGUGUUCCUCUUUCUUCACAUCCUCGCCAGCAUUUGCUGUCACCUGAGUUUUUGAUCUUUAGCCAUUCUCACUGGUGUGAGGUGAAAUCUCAGGGUUGUUUUGAUUUGCAUUUCCCUUAUGACUAAUGAUGUUGGACAUUUCUUUAGGUGUUUCUCAGCCAUUUGGCAUUCCUCAGCUGUGAAUUCUUUGUUUAGCUCUGAACCCCAUUUUUUAAAAAAGAUUUAUUUAUUUAUUUUGUAUAUGAGUACACUGUAGCUGUCUUCUGACACACCAGAAGAGGGCAUUGGAUUCCAUUACAGAUGGUUGUGAGCCACCAUGUGGUUGCUGGGAUUUGAACUCAGGACCUCUGGAAGAGCAGUCGGUGCUCUUAACCACUGAGCCAUCUCUCCAGCCCCCUCUGAACCCCACUUUUUAAUAGGGUUAUUUGUCUCCCUGCAGUCUAACUUCUUGAGGUCUUUGUAUAUUUUGGAUAUAAGCCCUCUAUCUGUUGUAGGAUUGGUAAAGAUCUUUUCCCAAUCUGUUGGUUGCUGUUUUGUCCUAACCACAGUGUCCUUUGCCUUACAGAAGCUUUGCAGUUUUAUGAGAUCCCAUUUGUCGAUUCUUGAUCUUAGAGCAUAAGCCAUUGGUAUUUUGUUCAGGAAAAUUUUCCCAGUGCCCAUGUGUUCGAGAUGCUUCCCCAGUUUUUCUUCUAUUAGUUUGAGUGUAUCUGGUUUGAUGUGGAGGUCCUUGAUCCACUUGGACUUAAGCUUUGUACAGGGUGAUAAGCAUGGAUCGAUCUGCAUUCUUCUACAUGUUGACCUCCAGUUGAACCAGCACCAUUUGCUGAAAAUGCUAUCUUUUUUCCAUUGGAUGGUUUUGGCUCCUUUGUCAAAAAUCAAGUGACCAUAGGUGUGUGGGUUCAUUUCUGGGUCUUCAAUUCUAUUCCAUUGGUCUAUCUGUCUGUCUCUGUACCAAUACCAUGCAGUUUUUAUCACUAUUGCUCUGUAAUACUGCUUGAGUUCAGGGAUAGUGAUUCCCCCUGAAGUCCUUUUAUUGUUGAGGAUAGUUUUAGCUAUCCUGGGUUUUUUGUUAUUCCAGAUGAAUUUGCAAAUUGUUCUGUCUAACUCUAUGAAGAACUGGAUUGGUAUUUUGAUGGGGAUUGCACAAUUAAAUCUUUUUACAACUACUUGUCCUGUAGUCUUGUGUCAUAUACCUGUAUUGUGGCUUAUAUUAUAAUAUGCAAAGAAUUCCUUCAUCUUAUUGGAGACAUAUAUCACUGUCAUUCUUAAAUUGUACAGGUACCCCCAUACUUGCCAUUACUUCCAAUAAUUUUAUAAUUAUAAAAUCAGCCUUGUCAGAACUCAAAAUAGUUGCUCAUUGAAAUCCUGAGCCUAUAUCAAUGGUAUGUGUACAAACUUUAGUUUGUCAAAUUCUGCAAAGUGAAACAUAUUCAUUUCAUUUCUUUUGGUACUCUGAUGGUAACUUAUUUGUAAUGAAGUUUGGUUCUACAAAAAACAAGAUUGACAUUUUCUCAUAAUUUACUUGUCUUGUUGCCAAGUGAUAGAAAAAAUUUGAAUUUUACCAUUAACACAGUAUUGGUUAUGAAGUUUUGAGGCUUCUAGCUCUUGUUUUACUAAUGGUCAAUUUCCUCACUUUCUUGUGCUAGUUGACCUGGCAAGCGUGUAGGAGAUCAAAUAUGGGUCAUACUUAAUAAUUUGUUUCUAAUUAUUGCAGUUGUAUAAAAAUGUUAAUUCUUAGUUACCAGCAGUUUCUGUCUGCAAAAUAAUUCUUUUUUUGGGAGAGUAAUUAUGUUAAUAGGUCAGAAAAAUCAAAUAGAACCAUAAAAACUUCAUACAAUUCUCUCUCUUUCAAUUUUUUUUUAUUUUGGAACUGAAUUACAUGGGCUUUGGAUUACUUUGCUAAUUUAUUUUUCUGCUGUAUAACUGGCCAUUCUUAAUUUAUUUGCAUCAGUAAAAAUAAUGUAGGCACUUCAGGAAUUGGUAUUCACAUUAAAAUACAUAAGAGAAUCCCAUUAGUUCUUUUUAUAAAUAAAGGCAUUUGCUUUUAGGAUAUUAGAUGGUUAAUUUCUCCCAGAGAGAUUCCACAAGUUCUUUCCCACUCUUUAUUGAUUACCCAUAACAUAGUAAUCUUAGCAUUAGUAUAAAGCACUAUGAUUUGUGCUGGGUCUAUGCCUGAUAGUUCAUAAAGUCUUAUUUUAUAAUUGAGUCAGAAACAUUUUCUUUGUCUUUAAUUUUUUACUUUGUAUGUUAUGAAAAUCCAUUCUAAAAUACUAUCUUUCCUUUGCAUAAUGAGCCCAGUAGGAGAAUUAGUCGAAGGCAACAGAGAGUCCUGUUUGGGUUCUCUGUGAUCCACGUGUGCAUCUUGAUAUCUCUAUUAAGUUUAACUCUAUUAAAACCCCCACCCCCAUAUAGUUUCCCGAUGGCAAGACAUUGCCUUGGAUAUCUCUCUUGGACCUAAGUUCAUUGGUCCAAUGGUAACCCUUGCCACAUCAUCUGCACCCUCCUGGAAGUCUGCACUUUCUGAAUUAUGUUUUGGAAGACAAUUGCCCUUAGAGAUGCCUUGGCCACAAUUUUGUUUCAAAUGUCCCUAUUCCCCACAAUUAAAGAACCAGGCCCUCUGUUAUGGGAGACCUAUAGCUGUAGCUUGACCUGUUAUACUAGCUGUGUAUAAGUUAGAACCAAUAUCAUUCAUGUUCUUUAUCUGUUCAUCUAUGGGCUUAGCCUGUUCCUUCACUGGCCUUAUGACUUUUUACACUCCACAUUUUCAGUUUUGAUUGCUAGGGUCUCUAUCAACACUUGUUUUGUAUUGGAGUAUGGUAUAAUCUUAUUUACUGCUGAGAUUAAUCUUUGUAAAAAAAACAAUGAUGGCUUCUUCAAAGCCUCGGAAUUUCUGAAAAUGAUGUUUGAUUUCUUUUCAGGCUUGUAAACUUUGCCCCAUGCUCUUAAAGAAACAUUGUUCUAUGAUUGCUUCUUCAAUUGAACCUGUUCUUGCAUAUCAGCAUAAUAACUUUUACCUAUCAACCGGUUCCUCCCCAAAUUAAUUUCUCUUGCUCUAUUGUGCUGUUCCAAAUUCCUGACUACUCUUCACUAUGAAAACCAUUGCCAUUUAAGGACCAGCCUCUAGUACAACUGUGACCAAUGCCCUCCAUUCUUAGGGAAUACACCUAUUCUGAAUAUUCCAAUGUAGCGUUUGUUUCACUUAUGCUGGGUGCAUCAAAUAAAAUAUCAUUGCCUCCUUAAACUGCUUUAGGCCUUCCAUUUCUAUAGAAUGCAACCUCUCUCAUGAUAACCUUGUGGAUUAUCCUCAUUAGCAGGCAUAUGCUUUGUAAGUACUGGGAACGCUCUUGGUGAUUUUGACCAAGGACUGCUGUGGGUUUAUCCCUAUUUCUUGAAGAAAAAAAAGCUUUUAUUUGACCAUUCUUUUUCAUUUCUCUGAUACAACUGCCCAUUGACACAUUUCCUCCCUCUUUUUCUAUGUGGGGAAACUCCCUUCUUUUGAAUUAGUCACUGGAAAUGAACAUAUUUGUUCUCCUUUUUCUUGAUGCUCUCUUAUUACCAAGUUGCUCUGUUUCCGCCAGUAAUGUUUCCAGUUGGCUAACCAGUGUUUUAACAUUCUUAUAAACUAAUUAAGUCAAAACAAGGAAAAACGGGGGAAAAUGGCUAAAAACAAUGGAGGGUAUAUUCCAACAACAGCAUCUGUAAAUACACUGUCAGCUUUUUCAAACAAAUUACCCAUCCCUUCUUUUCUGUUCCUUGAUCGUACUUGAAAUAAAGCUUCCCAUCCUGCCUAGCCACAAUGGUGGCCAAAUUUCUCUUAAUGUAAGGUUGGUUUGUUUUGUUUCUGAUUUGUUUUUCUUCCUUCAAACAGAUUCCACAUUGGGUGCUCAAUUUUCCUUUGGCUUAAAAUUUUUCCCUUUUUGUUUUAUAGUUCUUUGUCUCUAUAAACUUAUAUAGCUACUUCAUUUGUGGUUUUUUCAUGGGUUCUUCUUUUGUUUGUUCCCUAACACUAUUGUCUCUGCCUCUGCCCAGCUUCUCCUGAGUAAACUGUGACCAACUGUCUUCUCACUGCUAGCUCAUUCUAAUUGUUUCUUAGUUUCACUCUCCAAAAUGUCUUCUUUACUCUUUUCAAGCCCUGCCUAAGGUCUUCUUUCUUCUUUGCUGACACACUCUUCUGUCUCCUGAACCCUACUUCUCCUCCUACUCUCUCCCACUUCCUUCUCACUUCUCCCCUCCCUCUCAGCUUCUGUUGGCUUUCUACCCAAUUCUGUUCCCAGAAGUCCAAGAGCCAACUGUCACUGAAGAGCAUAGGGUCAUUUAAAGGGCCAGGCACAUAAAGUAUUUCUUACUGCAGGAAUUUGUUCCUAUGUGGCUCUGCUUAGCUAUGCAGAGGUUGUAACUUACCUGUAGAUCAGUGAGACUCUGCAUGGAAAAUGUUCAUGGAUGAAAAAAUAAGUACAGGCUAAGGGAGCAGGUCCUGGCUGAGUCUAUGAGCCUUGUGCACGGAAUAGGUCCCCACAUCUCCUCAUUCAUUCAUCAGGAAAGGUCUAAAAUCCCCUAGCAUGAGGAUGUAGCAGAGCCUAGGAUGAGCGCUCCCUCAGACAGAGCUGCUGCAGCAGGAGCACUGAGUGUUCACAGCAAAUCAAUCAACACUUGCUGAGUUAUUUGAAAAACCAAUUUGAGGACCCCACAAAUUAUUCAUUCAUCUUACAGACCUGAAUCCAAGUGAAGAGAACAAUGGAGAACACUAGAAUCUUCAGUGAUGUCACCAGUGUUGUGGUGACACCAACUGCCAGUGUGCUAUCCCUUCAAAGACUAAUGGGUUCAGAAGCAGGCAUGUUCUCCAGGAUCCUCAGUCUCUUUCGGAGGGAUGAUCGUACACAUGCCUCCAGACCAAGGCAGAGGGAGGCCAGCCUUCUAUCACGUUGGAGAACAAGACGAAUGGAAAGGUCCUUGAGAAGACUCAAUCAGAGGGCAUCAUCUCAACCCUCCACAAACCCCGUUGAGGAGGAGAGAAUUAAGCGUUUGGAGAACCUCAAAAUUGCUCUCCACAAGAUGCAAAAGGAGAGAGAUGAACUCCGGAGUAUCCUGGCAGAUUACCCUGGAAAGAAUUUAAAUGACAGGAACAACUUUGAGUCCGAGAUGCUCAUGAUGCAGCACCAGGACGUGAUGACUGACAUGCAGAAUAUGAGGGGGCAGAUCAAUAGAGCUUUGAUCAAAUGCAAACACCUUACACUGGAAAAUGACUGGUACUGCCGCAGCUUCUGCCCCCUCAUAACUGAGUUUUUUGAACUGAAGAACAAUGCCCAGAGAGCACGGAAUGAGAACAGGGAGCUUCUGUGGGAUCAGAUUGCACUGGAAGAGUCCAUUAAGGAAACAACAAGGUUCUGUGGGGAAGCCAGUAUGAAAAUCCGUGUAACAAGCAGAACAGGUCUGAAACAGUGCAGCAGAAGCUUGCCCAGGGCCCAGACCAGGACUACAGCUCUUAGAGACAGAACUGUCCACCAGGAUCACUGAGGGUGCAAAGAUUGACAACACCUCCUGCAUCUCAGUCCUCGUAACCAUAGCAAUCUGGGGCUGAAUUUGAAAGACCUUGAGAUGUGGCAUGGAACAUGCCUCACGUUUAACCUUUUGAGGACUUGUCCAUCAACAACCAACCACCCCGAAUGAGUCAUGUCUACAUUCAUUUUGAAGAAAUUUUUACCAUCUUACCUGCCGUUCUGCUAUGUUUGCAAGGCCAGCAACUGGCUGGAGUUAUAUGUUGAAAAAUGUUCAGCAAUUCAAUGCUGACUAAUUUACUUGUUGUAUUUGGUUUUUAGUUUGAGGUUGUUUUAUACAUUUGGUUUUAUUUGUUCACAUUUGAAAAUUUGUUAUUUAUUUGUUAACUUUAGUUUUUUUAAUUAAUAUGUUACAUUCCUAAGGCUAUAUACAUUGAACUCAUUGACUCCACAGUUUAAAAUAUUCCUGAAUAAAUUAAUGUUUGCCUAUAAAUAAAACUGUGACCUCUAACCCUUCACUCACAAGA